CUGAAAGAGCCAAUCAAAACACCCGAAGCUGCGCACGCGCACAUUAACCAUAAUAAUUUGCGGGAACUGCUCCUACUGAUCUGUCACACGCUAAAACCGAGUUUAUCAGGGUCAACCGCUGGUGAAUUAUAUUCUUUAGCGUUUUAUUUGUUUGCAAUGGCCCACUCUGAGCCCUCAGCCUCAAAGGCAGUGGAUGGAGGACUGUCUGAAGAGUUCGCGGUCCCUACUCAUGCGGAGGAUGUCAGGAAACUCAUGGCAGAGUUUGCCGAACAUCACGGAUCGGCCGGGCGCAGAGUAGUCCUCAUCACCUCGGGAGGAACUAAGGUUCCUCUGGAAUCCCGAACAGUGCGGUUCCUGGACAACUUCAGCAGUGGUCGGCGAGGGGCCUCCUCUGCCGAGUAUUUUCUGGACUCAGGCUAUGCAGUAAUCUUUCUGCACAGGCAUCGUUCUCUCUACCCAUACACUCGUUUGUACGCAGGGGUCAAUUUACUGGAUAGCUUACAAUCAGAGAGUGUAAAGGAGGACGCUGGUCAGAUCCUGGUGGAUCAGAACGCUCUUCCAAACAUCGCAAAGGUUUUAAAGCGCUAUCAGGCGGUGAAAGCGGCAGGACUUCUGCUGCCAGUGGAAUUCAACACCUUGUCGGAGUACCUCCAUCUACUCAAGGCUGCAGCUCAGGCAUUAAGCUCCAUAGGGUCCAAAGCUAUGUUUUAUUUGGCUGCCGCUGUUUCUGAUUUCUACAUCCCAGCAUAUGAAAUGCCAGAACACAAAAUCCAGUCCUCCAAUGGGCCACUUCAGAUAAGUAUGAAGAUGGUUCCUAAAAUGCUGUCCCCACUGGUGAAGGACUGGGCACCUAAGGCAUUCGUCAUCUCUUUCAAGCUGGAAACGGACCCCUCCAUCCUUCUGGAGCGAGCACGGCGUGCCUUAGAAACAUACAACCACCAGGCAGUGGUUGCAAAUGUUCUCGACACACGCCGUGGUUAUGUGGUUGUUGUCACCAAGGACACGCAACAAGAGCUGGUCCUCACAGAUGAGGAAGUGCAAGAAGAGGUAGAGAUUGAGGACAGGAUUGUCAGUAAUCUGACUGCAGCACACAGUCAAUUUAUGUCUCAAGUAUGAAAACUGUGCUGUGAUUUUGUAGCAUGUACUGUAGGCUCAAGGCAGAUCUGGGAUCAGUUUUUGUUGUAUUUUAAUAAUUCUGGUUCAGAUGUGAAUAGAGAAACUGUUCCUGGAAAGUUGACUGCUGUUUGUGUCGUUCCAAAUGGCAUCUGCAAGUUCAUCUGAUGUAAAAUUAGUGUUUAUUAGAGAUCUAAUAAUUUCCUUUAUAUUAAUUUCCUCUGUACAAAAAGAUCUUAUUUCAUCUGCUUUCUUUGGAUUUUAAUCAGUUUAAUAACACUAAAAUAUGCUUCAGUAAUUAAUUAUUAUCCUGUUCCCUUUGCUUAGUAUUUUUUUAAACUUUAAAUCCAUCUGCAAGAAAUCACACGCUUUAACAGCUUAUGUUAAUUAAAUUUUAAAUAAUAUCAUAUAAUGUAUGUGUAAUGUAUAAAAAUUAAACUUUCUGCAAUAUGCAUUAAACGUGUUAAUACUUUUGAGGUUUAAAACAUUUUUAAUAUGCUAACAGUUUUGAAAUUCACAUAUCAUACCGAAAAGAACAAAAAAAAUUGCAUUUUACUGUGAUCAGUACUUGAUUUUAUUUUAUUUGCUGUUUGAGCAGUUGCACAAAACAUGUCAAAUCCAUCUGUUGAUAUCUUUCAUAGUGAGUAUAAACAUUGCAGAAAAGUCCAUAUUAAUAUCUCAUUCAAGUUUGCAUGAGUAUCAUCUGUAGAUUUAUGACUUGAGUUUGAUGCUCCUCUUGACUCCAGCACGAAUACCACACCAUUCUCCACUGUAUCUUGUCUCCUCAUGCCGCACCUCAUGAACCUGACACAAAUAAUCUGCAGUCAUUGUCCGUUUUGAGUGUCCUUACAUUUCACAAACAAAAGUGAAUUAUAGAAAUGAAUCCUAUGACACUUACCUGACCCUUCUGACGAAUCUGGGCACGUCUGUACUUC